AACAGCUGCAGCAAUGGCUGAGGCAAUGAAGCUGCAGAAGAUGAAGCUUAUGGCAAUGAACACUCUUCAGGGAAAUGGAAACCAAAAUGGGGCUGAAUCAGAGCCUGAUGAUCUUAAUUCUAAUACAGGUGAAAGUGAAUCCUCCUGGGAUAAGGAUAAGUUGCAGUCUCUUCUUGCUGCUCCUGGACCCCAACAUGGACUUACUCAUGCAGCCCUGUCUAACCAGCCAGGUCUUGGGGGUGCUUCUACCCUCAAUCCACUGCAGCAGAACAACCUACUGACCAAUAGUAUGUAUGAUAGGAACAAGGAUAAGAAUUACAUUGAACUUCACUUCAGAAACCAGGCAAACAAGAAUACAGUGGUAUUAAAUACAGUGGUGUGA